AUGGUAGAUGUGGUGUGGAGGAACAAGGAAGCCACGAUGACACAUAAGAAGUGCUACCUGAGAGGAGUGGUGGGGAUGAUGAAAAGAUAUUUAAAGAGGAGGAUGUCAGCAGGCCUUCUGGUCCGAGCAGGUCAGGAGCAAGUGAUGAGAUUUCAACUCUACAAAACCCAUGAGUUCAAUGAGACUUUGGCUACAGAGUUCGUACUUCUUGCCUUUUCCAAUUUACAGAGUCUUCAGGUUUUACUUUUUAUCUUCAUUCUAUUGGCUCUCAUAUCCUGUGUUGUGGGGAACAGUACUAUACUCUUCUUAGUAACACAUGAACGUUCACUUCAUAUGCCAAUGUAUUUCUUCAUUAGUAACUUUGCUGUCCUGGAAAUAGUAUUUGUAUCCAUCACUGUUCCUAAACUUCUAGCUAAUUUACUUGAAGCCAGCAGGACCAUAUCAUUUAUUGGGUGCUUUGCCCAGUUGUAUGCCUUUAACUCUUUGGGAGUAGGGGAAUGUUAUCUUCUGGCAAUCAUGGCCUUUGAUCGAGAUUUGGCCAUUAACAACCCUUUGCGUUAUUCCAGUAUAAUGAACAAGUCUCUUUGUAUUGAACUCGCAGCUGCCCCCUGGGUUAUUGGAUUUGUCAUUGCUGCCAUACCUACAAUAUUUACAGCUCAACUUAAGUUCUGUGGGUCCAAUAAAGUCAACCAUUUCUUCUGUGAUCUGGCUCCAAUGCAGAAUAUUGCCUGCUCUAAUCCUGUGGUCAGCUACCUGGUCACAAGUUCAACAGCUGUGUUUGCCACUGUGGUUCCAUUCCUGAUCAUUUUAGGAUUCUACAUCCACAUCAUCGCCACCAUCUCAAAAAUAAAAAGCACCGUAGGCAAACAGAAAGCCUUCUCCACCUGUUCUUCCCACCUCAUAGUAGCCUGCUUGUUCUACUGUUCAGCCAUUGUUGUGUAUGUUAGGCCUAAGGGCAGUCAACACGACAAAUUUCUUGCUCUCAUAUACACUGUCAUUAUUCCGCUACUAAAUCCAUUUAUUUAUACCUUAAGGAACAAAGAUGUGAAAGCAGCUCUAAGAAAAUCACAGGUAUUACGAGUCCUCGGUCAGAUUAGGAUCAGCCAUGUUGAGCAAGACCAUUGUUGA